CCCGCCCCCACCCCACGUGGGUGGAGGUUUCCAGAAGCGGAGCCACCACCUCGCCGCGCAGCUCGGGGCCUGUGGAGUGCUGGUUUGCUGCCUUGUAACCCUGUGUCCAUCCGCCAUGAUAAGUGCCAGCAGAGCCGUAGCCGUGCGUCUCAUGGGCGCCACAGCCUUCCGGGGCCCCGCGGCCGCUCGUCACCAGGAUAGCUGGAAUGGCCUUAGUCAUGAGGCCUUUAGAUUUGUUUCAAGGAGGGAUUAUGCAUCAGAGGCAAUCAAGGGUGCAGUUGUUGGUAUUGAUUUAGGUACUACCAACUCCUGUGUGGCCAUUAUGGAGGGCAAACAAGCAAAGGUUCUGGAGAAUGCUGAAGGUGCUAGAACCACCCCUUCCGUUGUUGCCUUUACAGCAGAUGGAGAACGGCUUGUUGGCAUGCCAGCUAAGCGACAGGCUGUCACCAACCCAAAUAAUACAUUCUAUGCUACUAAGCGUCUCAUUGGCCGCCGCUAUGAUGAUCCUGAAGUACAGAAAGACACGAAGAAUGUUCCCUUUAAAAUUGUCCGUGCCUCCAAUGGUGAUGCCUGGGUUGAGGCACAUGGAAAACUCUAUUCCCCCAGUCAGAUUGGGGCAUUUGUGUUAAUGAAGAUGAAAGAAACUGCGGAAAAUUACUUGGGUCACACAGCAAAAAAUGCUGUGAUCACAGUCCCUGCGUAUUUCAAUGACUCACAGAGACAGGCCACUAAGGAUGCUGGCCAAAUAUCUGGGCUAAAUGUGCUUCGAGUGAUUAAUGAACCCACAGCUGCUGCUCUGGCCUAUGGUCUAGACAAAUCUGAAGAUAAAAUCAUUGCUGUAUAUGAUUUAGGUGGUGGAACUUUUGAUAUUUCUAUCCUGGAAAUUCAGAAAGGAGUAUUUGAGGUGAAAUCCACCAAUGGAGACACUUUCUUAGGAGGUGAAGACUUUGACCAGGCCUUGUUGCGGCACAUUGUAAAGGAAUUCAAGAGAGAGACAGGGGUUGAUUUGACCAAAGACAACAUGGCACUUCAGAGGGUGCGGGAAGCUGCUGAGAAGGCUAAAUGUGAACUCUCCUCAUCUGUGCAGGUUCAGCAGACUGUGCAAGAUCUUUUUGGCAGAGCCCCAAGUAAGGCUGUCAAUCCCGAUGAGGCUGUAGCAAUUGGAGCCGCCAUUCAGGGAGGUGUGUUGGCUGGUGAUGUCACAGAUGUGCUGCUCCUGGAUGUCACUCCCCUGUCUCUGGGUAUUGAGACUCUGGGAGGUGUCUUUACCAAACUCAUUAAUAGGAAUACUACUAUUCCAACCAAAAAGAGCCAGGUGUUUUCUACAGCUGCUGAUGGACAGACUCAAGUAGAAAUUAAAGUGUGUCAAGGUGAGAGAGAGAUGGCUGGAGACAACAAACUUCUUGGACAGUUUACUUUGAUUGGGAUUCCCCCAGCCCCUCGUGGAGUCCCUCAGAUUGAAGUUACAUUUGACAUUGAUGCAAAUGGAAUCGUGCAUGUUUCUGCCAAAGAUAAAGGCACAGGACGUGAACAGCAGAUUGUAAUCCAGUCUUCUGGUGGAUUAAGCAAAGAUGAUAUUGAAAAUAUGGUUAAAAAUGCAGAGAAGUAUGCUGAGGAGGACCGGAGAAAGAAGGAACGUGUUGAGGCAGUUAAUAUGGCUGAAGGAAUUAUUCAUGACACAGAAACCAAGAUGGAAGAAUUCAAGGACCAGUUGCCUGCUGAUGAGUGCAACAAGCUAAGAGAAGAGAUUUCCAAAAUGAGAGAACUCUUGGCUCGAAAAGACAGUGAAACGGGAGAAAACAUUAGGCAGGCAGCAUCUUCCCUUCAGCAGGCAUCACUGAAGCUCUUUGAAAUGGCAUAUAAAAAGAUGGCAUCUGAGCGAGAAGGCUCUGGAAGUUCUGGCACUGGAGACCAGAAGGAAGAUCAGAAGGAGGAGAAACAGUAAUAGUAGCAAUGCGUUUUGGAGCCAAAAGGACAACAUAUACUAUGAAGCUUGGGAGUGAAGGGACUUCCUGAGCAGAACGGGGCAAACUUCAGUCUUUUUACUGUGUUUUUGCAGUAUUCUAUAUAUAAUUUCCUCCAUAUGUAAAUUUAGUGACAAUUUUAGCUAACACAUUUAAUGGGCAAUGAAUCCAGUAGUAGCAAGUUCACAAAAUUCUGUCCCUAGCCUGUUUAUUUUUCAGCUGCAUGUGGUUGGGGGUGGGGGGCUAUUCAUCAAUCAUUAUAAAGGUGUAUCACUGGUUUGUGCUGAAAUGGCCGUAUUUUCAAGGUGUGUGAAACUCUUUACACACACAGUGCAGGUAGUCUGCCAUGGACCUUGAAUGAGAUUGGAGGUGAACCUUCACUGGCCAAAAAUAGAAAUAAUGACCUUUAUGUUCAUGGGAUUGGAGGCCUUGCAAGUCAGGCUAGCUACCUUGCCAUGUUUUGUAAGUUAAUCGAUAACAGCUGUGUUAGGAGUAGCUUUUAAAAUAAAGUCAUUUCAUGGUCCUAAGGCAUCUGUUUCUAGCUAGCUACCCUCUUAGCCUGUGUCUGGCAUCUACGUCCUUGAUGAUUGUUCUUUUUCGUCCAUUCUGGAUUUUUUUUUAAAAAAAAAUAAAAAUAUAGAAAGCA